AUGGCAAUGUCGCAAGGAGCAAGCCUGGUCGAGAAGGCCGUGGGCCACGAUGGCAGUAGCAUCACUGCGCAGGACGUGGCCAACUACAGCAAGACCGGCGACCCGAGCGAGACUAUGAAGGCACUAUGCUGGAUGGGCAAGAAUACCGUCGAGGUUCGCGACGUCCCGAGGCCCAAGAUCAUCGAGCCGAACGAUGUCAUCCUCAAAGUCACAGGAAGCACCGUCUGCGGCAGCGAUCUGCACUUGCUCCAUGGUUCAAUCAUCCAGUUGAACAAGGGCGACAUCCUCGGCCACGAGUUCUGCGGCAUCGCAGACGAGAUGGGAUCGAACGUGAAGAAUAUACAGAAGGGCAAGCGAUACGUCGCCUCGUUCCAGAUUGCUUGCGGCGACUGCUUCCAAUGCAAGCAGAAGCUCUCGUCGCAAUGCGAGAGGACCAACUCGAACACGACCGAGCGCGCAAUGUACGGAGGACAGACAGCCGGCAUGUUUGGAUACUCUCACUUCACCGGUGGAUUCGCCGGUGGCCAGGCCGAGUACGUGCGCGUGCCCCUUGGUAACGUCAACCUGCUGGAGAUACCCGAGGACGUACCCGACGAGAAGGCCCUCUACCUCAGUGACGUCCUGCCCACGAGUUACAACGCCGUUCACGAUACAGCUGUCUACCCUGGUGACCAGGUGGCCAUUUGGGGUGCUGGUCCCAUCGGGCACAUGGCCGGCUUUUUCGCCGCCGAUGCUGGCGCCUCCAAGGUCAUAUUCGUCGACACCGAACCUCGUUUGACCAUCGUCAAGGAACGCUGGCCUAAGCAGUAUGCCGACAAGAUCGAGCUCAUUGAUUACAAGAAACUAUCCUUUGGCGCCACGAACAAGCCGACCGUUGUGUCCACACUGAAGGAGAUGUGUGGUGGAAGAGGACCCGACGCCGCCAUUGAAGUGAGCCGAACCCCGUCCCCCAAGUCAUCCCGAAGAGCUGGGCAUGCUAACCAGGACCAGUGCGUUGCCGGCGAGUACGCAAAGGGUUGGAUGCAUUGGGCUGAGUUGAUGGUGGGCGCCGAGACAGACACGAGUGAGAUUAUCAACGAAAUGAUAGAGAGCGUCCGGAACUUUGGGCGUUGUGGUAUCACUGGCGUCUAUGUUGGAUACACCAACCAUUUCAACGUGGGCUCUUUGAUGGAGAGAGGUAUUCGCCUCAUCGGAAACGGUCAGGCUCCCGUGCACAAAUACUGGGAAGAUCUUCUGGAGAGGAUCAAGAAGGGUGACCUCGAUCCUCUGCAGAUGGUAUCCCAUCGCGCGCGUGUAGAGGAUCUUGACAAGCUCUACUACGCGUUCGAGAAAAAGGAAGAUGGUAUGCAGAAGGUCUUCGUAGAGACCAAGUUUUCGCUGCCGCCAUUGCCGAAGAAGCCACUUGAAGAGAGUAUGUAUGAGAAACAGCCACGAGCGAGCGAAGGUCCGUUAGCCGAACCACGCAAGGGACUGCCUGCGCGCUGGAGGUGGUCGAUCUUGGGGCUGCUCCUGUGUCUUGCCAUACUCUAUUCAAGAAUCCCCCAGACAUGGCUUCCGCCACAUGAACGCUCCUCUCAACAGUGUCACAAUACCAGCACCCAGUUCAGCUACCCCGGCGAAACGAUCCUCUGGGAGCCCUGCGGAGACCUCAAGGGCCGGCCCCUCGAAUGCAGCAGUAUCGACGUGCCCAUGGACCAGUUCAGCGCCGAGAGCCCGGGCAACAAGACCUUCAGUGUCCCGCUGAUGCGGCAGCGCGGGCUGAACGCCACGCAGAACCUGUUGCUGAACCCCGGCGGGCCCGGCGCCUCGGGCCUCGACCACAUGCACAGGCGCGGCGAGCUGCUGCGCACCAUCGUGGGUGAGGGCUUCCACCUGCUGACGUUCGACCCGCGCGGCGUCGGCGGGAGCAGGCCGCUCGCCACCUGCUAUCCGGACCGCGCGACGCGGCGCGAGCUGCUGGCGCCGGUGCGGGACUUCAUGCGCGUGCUCGAGGACAGCGCCGAGGUCUGGGGGUGGACGCGGAAUUUUGUGAGGGCGUGCGCCGAGACGAUGGGCGAGCACGCCGCGUACCUCGACACGCCGCAGACGGCCGCGGACCUGAACAGCGUGCUCGACGCCGUGGGGCAGCGCGAGCUGGUCUACUGGGGGUUCAGCUACGGCAGCCUGCUGGGCCAGACGUACGCGGGACUGUACCCGGAGAGGGUCGGGCGCGUCAUCGUCGACGGCGUGGAGGAGCAGUUCUCGUGGUACAACGACCUCUUCGGCGUCACGUCGCUGGUCGACACGGACACCGUCUUCGACGGUUUUCUUGAGGAGUGCGUAAAAGCGGGCCGCGAGAACUGCCCCUUGUCUUCCGUGGCGUCGUCCAAGGAGGAGCUGCACGAGAAGAUCAUGCGCCUCGCGGACGGCCUCAAGGAGCAGCCCCUCAGCGUUCAUGUUAACAGUUCUGUUUAUGGUCUCCUGAGCUACGAGACACUGCUGUACCGCGCCAUCUUCCCACAGCUCUGGAAGCCAGCGACCUGGCACACGCUCGCCGAAGUGCUGGCGCAGUGGCUCCAGGGUAACGCGACGGCGGCCUUUUUGACGUACGGCCACGCCACCGCAGCCCGGGCCGAGGUUGCUAAUGACGCGGACCGCAUCGUGGCGCUCAACGACGGGCGCACGGGGCCGGCGCACUGGCCUGGCCCUAUGCAGGGCCGGGCCGCCCUGCUGGACAAGCUGGUCCCCUAUAUGAACCGCAGCCUGUUCUCGCCAACCGAGAACGCCGAGUUCUACGCCCGGCAGCAGUGGCCGAUACGCCAAACGCACACGUACGCACCCCAACGACACAAAAUCGAGACCGCGCAUCCGCUGCUCAUCCUGUCGACGACGUGGGACCCUGUGUGUCCGCUGGCGUCGGCGCAGGCGGCGAACGCCGCGUUUAGCGGGAGUCGCAUCGUCGAGGUGCGCGGGUAUGGCCACUGCUCCAUUGCCGUGCCGUCGGUGUCUGGCGCGGCACGUGCGGGCGUUUUUGUAUAA